GCACGUGCCGUCCCCUCGCGUGAGGUCGCGUUUUUGGGACGCGACAGGGACACUGCAUUCUGUCAACACUACCAUCACCAUGUCCGAGGAACAAGAGCACAAGGAGGACGUCAAGCCAAAGCUGACCGUUCAAGUCCAAUUCCAAAGCCAAGUGUGUACGGUGAAAGUCAAGUCCACCACGCAGUUCAAGAAGAUUUUCGAGGCAGCAGAGACGAAGUUUGGACGUUCAUCAGGCUCCUUCAAGUAUACCUUUGAAGGAGAACGUAUACGACCGGAGCAAACGCCUGGAGAGUUUAAUAUGGAAGACGGAGACACUAUCGACGCUCACCUGGAGCAGGUACGUUCUCGAUAUCUGUAUGCCUCUAUCUUGCUUUUGAAUUAUGUUGCUGCCACAGCUAGGAGGUUACUGUUGCCAAUAGUGCUGCUUCGUGUCUUGGACUCCAGUGUUCUGCGAUAUCUUGGGCCUGCCCUGUCAUUGUUUGGUCUUUGCUACCUGUACAUAUACCUUUCUUACUCAUACAAUAUCUCUCUCCUGUGGUUAACAAGAAGUUUUUGA